CAAGUCUUCAAAUUAUUCUUAUAGGUAAAACGGAAACGGGAAUAAAGGAUUUCAGAUAUCAGCGGUUAUGAUAAUGCUGAUUAAUUCAAACUCAGAUUGAACGGAAUUGGAUUAUUGUUACAUUGAAUUUUCUUUGUUUGGAGUUAUCGAUUUGAAACAAAGUAUAAUAUCCGCGCAAUGGAGGCCUUAAUUCCUGUAAUUAAUAAACUUCAAGAUGUAUUCAAUACUGUUGGUUCAGAUGCAAUUCAUUUACCUCAAAUUGUUGUGUUAGGUUCUCAGAGUUCUGGAAAGAGUUCAGUAAUCGAGAGUUUAGUUGGUAAAUCAUUUCUCCCAAGGGGCACAGGUAUUGUUACCAGAAGACCUCUCAUUCUGCAAUUAGUCUAUUGUCCAAAAGAGGACAGAGAGCAUCGAAAGGCAGUUGAUGGAACUAUGGAACUUGAAGAUUGGGGUGUUUUUCUACAUGAUAAAAACAAAAUCUUUAAAGAUUUUGAUGAAAUUAGAUCUGAAAUUGAUAAUGAGACCAACAGAAUGGCAGGAGAUAAUAAAGGAAUUUGCCCAGAACCUAUAAAUUUGAAGAUAUAUUCUACCAAAGUUGUUAACUUGACACUAGUUGAUUUACCUGGUAUUACUAAGGUUCCUGUAGGUGAUCAACCACCAGAUAUUGAAAACCAAAUCAGAGAUCUUCUUGUCAAAUAUAUAUCCAAUCCUAAUUCAAUAAUUUUAGCUGUUAUAACUGCAAAUACCGACAUGGCUACAUCAGAGAGUUUGUCUAUUGCUAAACAAGUAGAUCCUGAUGGUAGAAGAACAUUAGCUGUUGUAACUAAGCUUGACUUGAUGGAUGCAGGAACUGAUGCUCAAGAAAUAUUAUGCGGUAGGGUGAUUCCAGUCAAACUAGGCAUAAUCGGCGUUGUUAAUCGAUCUCAACAGGAUAUUAUGAACAAUAAGUCAAUAAAGGAUUCACUCAAGGAUGAGGCAACUUUUCUACAAACAAAGUAUCCUACUUUAGCUACUAUUAAUGGAACUCCAUAUUUAGCAAAGACUUUGAAUAGACUUUUGAUGCACCACAUUAGAGAUUGUCUACCAGACCUAAAAACUAGAGUAAACUUACGAAUGGCACAGUUUCAAUCAUUACUGAAUUCUUAUGGUGAAGACAUCUCUGAUAAGAGUAGAACAUUGCUACAAAUAAUCACAAAAUUUGCUUCUGCCUAUUGUUCCACUAUCGAAGGCACUGCUAGGAACAUCGAGACCACGGAAUUAUGUGGUGGAGCUAGAAUAUGCUAUAUUUUCCACGAAACAUUUGGAAGAACUUUAGAUUCAAUUCAUCCUCUUGCGGGAUUGACUAAAAUGGAUAUUUUAACAGCUAUAAGAAAUGCAAAUGGACCAAGGCCAGCGCUUUUCGUCCCAGAAGUAUCAUUUGAAUUAUUGGUGAAGAGGCAAAUUCGUCGUUUGGGAGAGCCUUCUUUAAGAUGUGUUGAAUUAAUACAUGAGGAAAUGCAAAGAAUUAUUCAACAUUGUGGUAGUGAAGUUCAACAAGAAAUGUUACGUUUCCCAAAACUCUAUGAAAAAAUAGUAGAUGUAGUAACUCAACUCCUGAGAAGAAGGCUGCCACCCACAAAUUCAAUGGUAGAAAAUCUUGUAUCCAUAGAAUUAGCUUAUAUCAACACGAAGCAUCCUGAUUUUUCCAAGGAAAUCUCAAUGGUACCUUCCAUGAUCAAAUCGAAUGAAAGUGCACCAAAACCAACAAGACCAAAAAGUAUGUUUGGUAAACAUCAACAACCAGUUCAUUUUGCAGAACCGAAACCGUUGAGAUCUACUCAUCCCAAUCCAGAGCAAGCUGAUUUUUUCGAUUAUUUGUACAAAAUGUUGCCAGUUGGUAGUUAUAAUGACUUCAUGAAUGCUGUUCAGUCCAGGUCGAAUAGUAAUCCUCACCUCAAUGAUGAAGCUACCAAUUGGGUUUCUAAUUUGACCCAACAAAAUGGCGGCGAGGCAGAAAAUGAGAUAGAACAUUUACCUAAUAAUAUUGAUGCCAUAAGAAACGAGUCUGAAAAAUCAGUGCUUAGUCCACUGAAACCAGUCAAUCUCCUGCCUUCAGUUCCUAUCAACAGCAGUGGCUAUAGAAAAUUAUCUGAAAAUGAAGAGCAUGAUUGUGAAAUUAUAGAGAGAUUGAUCAAAACCUACUUCUACAUUGUCAGAAAAUCUAUUCAGGACACUGUACCCAAAGCUGUAAUGAAUUUCUUGGUCAAUUACGUGAAAGAUAACUUACAGUCUGAACUAGUCACCCAUCUCUAUAAAGCUGAUAAUGCCGAUCAACUUCUAGAUGAAUCAGAGCACAUAGCUCACAGAAGAAAAGAAGCUGCAGAUAUGCUGAAGGCUCUGCAGAGGGCAGCCCAUAUAAUAAGUGAAAUACGGGAAACCCACAUGUGGUAAACUCGGUAUCGAUAUUCGACUAGUCAGUUUAGAUUCCCAAGAUUUUGUUUGUUUGUUAGGUUAAGCAAUAAUAUAUUGUUUUUAAAUUUCUAUUGAUAAUUGUUGACAUUAUAUACUGCAAUUAUUGUUGAAGUUGCACAUAAGAACUCUAUUGAUGUGUACAGAAAAAUUAUAUUGCGAUUCCUUGAUUUUUUCUAUUAUCUAGAGGUGCAUCAUAUCGAUAGGAAAUUUGUGAAGAACCUAUUCCAAUUAUGAUUCUAUAUUCUAUUUAUAAAAUUUUUGUUACUUAUAUAAUGUUUUUGUUAUAUAAGAUGGCUCACUUAUUUUCAAUACAAAAGUAUUCAUUUAAUUUAUCUAUUGAACAAUUUUUUAUUUUUCUCAUUAAUAAACAUUGUGUUUGUAUGUGUCGAGAAUAUAGUGGAAGAUGAAAUGCA